UACAACGAGUGUCUAACAUUUGUUUUUAUGGUUAGCUAUGGUUGCACCAGAAACCUAAAAUGAGUUCACCGCGAAGACAACCGGUGCGUGCGCGCACAAAACCCUCACCGGAGAUUAAUCGACCGGAAGUUCAAUCAGGAAGUCUGGAAUCUUCGCUACUCCGGCUAGUCAACGAUCAUCAAACCACCGCUACACGGCUCCGUGAACAAACAGAGAAAUCGAAGAAAGAGGCGAUCAAAAGCGCCUCUCGUGUAUCCGAUCUGUUAGUUGAGGCGGUUAAUGGAGGUGUUGAAGAAUGUUUUGUGAAUGAGAAGCGUAUCGAAGUCGAAAUUCGAGCUUUGAAGGCGACUGUUAUGCGAUUUGCGAAGCAAACCGAUCAGUGGCUUGCUUCAACUCAUGCGAUUAAUAACGCUAUUAAGGAAAUAGGGGAUUUUGAGAACUGGAUGAAGACAAUGGAACUAGAUUGUAAAAGCAUUACAGCGGCCAUCUCCAACAUUCACCAGUCAUGAUAUUAUGUCGAACUUAACUCACUAAACCCGACUACGUGUCAGUUAACUUCUGUUUGCCCACUCUGUUUUCUUCCGUUAUAUGUAUUUAUCUUAACAUUAUGAAAGAAAUGCCAACAAAGUGAUUGUCAGUCUGCAGUGUU